AAAGGGUUAAGGAGGUGGAUGGGGAUGGAGGGUCAUUGAAGGAUGGGGAAGGCUGGUACUUCAGAGCAGCAAUGCAUAGAGGCGAUCAGUGUAAGAAGGCGCUUUCCUCUGCCAGCCUCUCCCCCAUUGUUAGCCGAGCUGCAUAUAGCUUCCUAAAGGGGAGUGGAGCAAGGGAACUUGGGGACUGCACUUCCCCAGGGUGCCAGGAUUUCCUUUGGAGGAUGGGCUUGCAAUUGCCUGGGGCAGGAGGGGGGUGCUAUUUUUAAAAAAGAGCAGAAUGCCCUGGUGAAAUGCAGGAGGGCUGUUGCAAGAAACCUGGAUUGCCACCAUUUUGGGGUGGGGGAAAAGAUGAACAGGGUGACAAUUGGCUGAAGGGGGAAAGAAAUCAAAGUGAUAGUGACUGCACUGAGCAGUAAUUAAGACUGCGAUUCCUCCGUUUCCACCCGUUCCUGCCCAUCAUCCAUUUCUCAGCCUGAUCCACCAGCCCUUGAAGGCAAAGGAUAUUUUUUUAUCAGUUCCAUCCUGCUGAAGUCCAUGGGCUUCAGUGCUGGUUCUGGAGCUCAAUUGGUUUGUCGAUUGCCCUGCCGAGCAUCAAGCCAUCAGCAGUCAAAAGGGAGUUUACAUGAAAUCAUCUAGGCAACACCAUUCAGCUGCAACCUUCAAACCCGUGACUUCGGAAUACUCCCCCAGAAAUCAACGGGAUCAGUUUGAUCACAUCUACUGCAGGCAGGUGGCGGCACCUGACUUACUGGAUCCCAAAUCUGCUACUCAGAACUCCAAGCCCCGGCUGUCAUUUUCUACCAAACCCACUGUGCUUGCUUCACGAGAGGAGAGUGAUACAACUAUUAAUGUUAUGAAAUGGAAGACGGUUUCAACCAUUUUUCUGGUGGUAGUUUUGUAUUUAAUUAUUGGAGCUACUGUAUUCAAAGCCCUGGAGCAGCCACAUGAAACUAACCAGAGAACAACCAUUGUGAUCCAGAAGCAACUCUUUGUAUCUCACCAUUCCUGUGUGAAUGACACAGAACUUGAAGAACUGAUUCAGCAAGUAGUGGCAGCAAUAAAUGCAGGAGUCAAUCCUAAAGGAAACACGCCUAAUCAAGUCAGUCAUUGGGAUUUGGGAAGCUCUUUCUUCUUUGCUGGCACUGUUAUUACCACCAUAGCUCAAGUUGUUUGUAAUUUAGGAUUUGGGAACAUCUCACCACGUACAGAAGGUGGAAAGAUAUUCUGCAUCAUCUAUGCCUUACUGGGAAUUCCUCUCUUUGGUUUUCUGUUGGCUGGAGUUGGAGAUCAACUAGGGACCAUAUUUGGGAAAGGAAUUGCCAAAGUAGAAGACACCUUUGUUAAAUGGAAUGUGAGUCAAACAAAGAUUCGCAUCAUAUCAACAAUAAUAUUCAUACUGUUUGGCUGCGUCCUAUUUGUUGCUCUCCCUGCAGUCAUAUUUAAGCACAUAGAAGGCUGGGAUACAUUAGAUGCAAUUUAUUUUGUAGUUAUCACCUUAACAACGAUUGGAUUUGGUGAUUACGUUGCAGGGGGAUCAGAUAUUGAAUAUUUUGAUUUCUACAAACCAGUGGUUUGGUUCUGGAUCCUGGUGGGCCUUGCUUAUUUUGCUGCUGUCCUGAGCAUGAUUGGAGACUGGCUAAGAGUUAUAUCCAAAAAGACCAAGGAAGAGGUGGGAGAGUUCAGAGCUCAUGCUGCCGAAUGGACAGCCAACGUCACCGCAGAGUUCAAAGAAACACGUAGGCGCCUCAGUGUGGAAAUUUAUGACAAGUUCCAGCGGGCUACCUCCAUCAAAAGGAAGCUCUCUGCAGAAAUGGCAGUGAACCACAGCCAAGACCUGACUCCCUGCAAGAGAACCUUGUCCGUCAACCACCUCACCAGUGAGAAAGACAUCUUGCCCGCCAUAACAAAGACAGAUAGCAUUUAUAUGAACGGCUUGACUCCUCACUGUGCAGCGGAAGAAAUUGCUGUUAUUGAAAACAUUAAGUAGCACUGACUUUUGAAUCCUGAUCUUUUAAUAAGAAGAAGCCUAUGGUUUAGACUUACCUUGUAGUUCCUGAUUUUUUUUUCCUGUCCAUAACUGAUGCUAAUAGCAUUUUUUAUCACGUGCAUGAGUUCCAACAGAAACCCACCCACAAUAAGGAUUCAGAGUCACCAUCGUAUUUCUUGAAAGACACAAAAUGAAUGGCACCUCUGUCAUUGACAAAUGCUGGAACAAGCAAUGUCCGGUGCCUUUUUUGUGCCCAGACUGUUUUUCUCAUCUCUCCUAAUGUGCCAUAAGGCGUUAAGAAUGAAUAAUGCUGGUUGAGGUUAACAAUGUAGCUUUGAGGGAUCAGUCCUUAAACUUUUCAGGGUCUACCUUAACGAGCCUUGAAAUGGACCAUGUAUGGACUACAAACUAUAUGUAAAUGGCAAGAAAAUCUUAUGCAGCCUUUUACCUAAGAAAUUUUUGUCAGUGCCUUAUCUUUUAAAGAAACAGAACCUCUAUAACUCUCACAUGAGUUUUUAUUUGUUUGUUGGUUGGUUCUUGCAUGAGUAACAUUUCUCAUUUGAUCUUUCAUCUUGCCCAAAACAAACAUGUUUUAAGCUGAGGAUACCAGCGUUAAGAAACAGAUGCCAAAUCAAAGGACAUCAAGGCAGCACUCCUAAGUCUAGCUUUAAAGGCACUGCAAUUACAAGGGUUGCAAAAGGUGUCCCCCUACAAGUUUUUUUUUAAACUCAGGUGCAGAUGAUACAUGUACACUCUGUAGACCUGUAAAAUUUAUGGAUCCAUAUCAGGUCUGAUUAUUUAAGCUGUGGUCAGUAGUUCAGCUCCAUGCAUCACAUACCAAAAAUCUUAGUUUUGUGUUACUAAAUUAUCUGAUAGGCGAUAACAGGUACUGAUAUUAACUUGGUGCAUCCGAAAGACUCAUUAACAUACCAACAAUGCAGAUCUAUCUUGAAUCAGCAGCAGAACAGUUUUUUCGUAAAUGCAAUGCUGCUGGCAGAAAAGGAGUCUAAAAUUGUUUCGUUUUAGCCACGUCAUGCCAUAUGCUAAUUUAGCACAGGGAUCUUGCCUGCUGGAUUGUUUUCCUGAAUGUUACACCCCACAAAUGUUCUUUGCCCACUCUGAAGCUGGGAUUAAAACAGGGAAUACAGUUGAAACUGGCAUCACUGUGACCUUCUACAUCGAGAAUAUAGAUGGUAUCUGAACAAAAAUGCAGACGUGAAAAACAGUUGACCAAUAGCACAAUCUGAAUAUCAUUGAAUAUUUGGAUAGAAUAGGCUGAUGAUAUACAGAUCUGAAACCAAUCCUUGGGAUUUCUUUGGUUGUUUUAAAGAAAAAAUCAUAAUGACUGAUUUAUAGCCUCUUGUGUCUUUUGUUUCUAAGUGUGUGCAACGUUCAGAAGGAAUGCAGGAUUAAAAAUAAUGGAAUGGAUUGUCUUUAAUUUUUUUAUCAAUUUAUUCUAUUGCAACUUGACUGUAUAUCAAAUAAUAUAAUACCCCUUAAGAGAGUAAUAGGUGGUUUUAUCCUCAAAGCAUAACUAUGGUGCAGACGCCAUUGAAAUGUCAGGGUUUUGCACCUGCAGAGCUGGCUGAAGCUCGCACACUCGGCUCUGAGUAUAUCAAAGCAACAUAGGACUUGGAUUGGACACAAUUCAAAUAACAAAUCCAUAUUGUCUGACUAUUAAAGAACAUUAUAAACUAUGAAUGUUAAAUUUAUGGAUGCUUCAUCUUAUUUUUUAACAAAUCUAAGUUAUCAGUGUAAAUAGCAAUCAAUGAAGAGUUAACGAGAGAGUGUACAUCUCAAAACAACAAAGCUCCAUCCGGUAUUAUCAGGCCAGCUCUUCAAAGGACCCCCACCCCACCAUUUCCCCCAGCACAGUGUUCCGAAUGUUGGCAUGGUAAGAAAGGUCCUCUUGCCAUGUAUAAACUGUGAAUUGUAAUGAAAAUAAAAUUAAUAAAGUUUUUAAUUAAAACGUG